AUCUCACACGCCCACCAUCUUCCUCGCUCCCUCCCACCAGAACCUACGAUUCUCUGGAGCCUUACCUUAAACCCUCUGAAAAGAAAUAUCUAAGAACACCCAUCUCUAUAAAUACUGCACAGAAUCAAAGAAUCAAUCGGUCAAUCAAUUGUCUGAUUCUUUGCCCAAGUAAGUAAUAUUAAAGAUGUGUCUGGUGUUUGUUUGCGACGAGGAGGAGAGGGUGGUAGCGAGACAGCCAGCACCUGGGGCAUGUCCUUACUGCGGAGGAAUGGUUCAGGCCAUGGAUGUAGAAAGCCAGUGGAGGUUUUGCUUCUUACCUCUCUACUUCAAGACUAAGAAGAGGUUCUACUGCUCUGUUUGCGCUAGACGAUUGGUCAUGCAAUAUUAGAUUGUGGAAGAUGAUGAUGAUGAUGAUGAUUUCAACAUAAAUAUUAGAUAGAUAACAGAUGCUGUUGGCUUUCAAUUUCAUGUACAUAAAUAGAAUUAGUUUUUUCUUUUCUUUUAAUUGAUUUUUGUUAUGUAUAUGAGAGUUGGCAUAGAACUAGAGAUCACCACUUUGUUAUUUCUUGACCAUUCUCUUAAUUUUGUUCUUCUAGUCUGUAGAAAAUCAUGAAUACUUCUAAUACCAGGAAAAGACUAUGAUUGACUAAA